AAAAACAAACCAUCUAGCCGUUUUAAAUUUGUGUGUGUUGUAAUUUUUAAUUUUUAAAGCUCAUUUAUGUAUAUAACUUUAAGAAACUCCCUCAGUUUAUUACCAAAUAUGUUUAUUUUAAACGAACGAAACUGGUCAUGAUAUAUAAACCUUCAAACUCAAAGGAAAGAUGGAAAAAUCGUUUGCACAAGUUCGUAAAGAACUGGACGAUUUAGGCUACACGGAAACUUUAAAACCAGAAUGUUUACCUUUGGUAAGAAGGCUUCUGGGCGAUUUAAAAAUCACCACAGAAAGCCUCCGAAAAUACAUGAAAAUAUCACAGCAAGCUUUAGAGGAACGUGACAAUUUAAAAUUUGGUGCUGAACCUUACAAGUGUGAUAACGCCAAACUUAUAAAGGAGUGUAACGAAUUACAUCUGGCUUUUAUAAAGUUUAAAGAACAACAUGAAAAAGUGCAAAGAGAUUUAAGAGGUAAGGUAGUGUCUUUAGAGAGCCAGUUGACAGAUUGUGGCAUUGAAAAGCAAAAGCUUAAGUUGAAAGUUCAAGAAUUAGAGCAAGAUUUAAAAGGACCAGCUAAAAGAGUACCACAAUUAAGGCCUAAAAGUCAAAUUACUAUUUCUAAAGCAAAAACUGAUAUAAAUAAAAAAGCUCAAGCUAUUAUGGCCACUAGUGAUUCAAAAAUGACAAAACUUAGUGAAGAUAUUAGACAUUUAAAAGAUGAGCAAAUACAACUUUUAAAGAAUAACGAUUUUUUGAUGUUACAGUUGGAAAAUAGGGACCAAGAGAUUAAAAGACUGGCUAGUUUACUGGAAGGUGGACGACCAACCAAGGCUGUAGUUAAUGAUUGUUGUUACAAAAAUAUAGAUAAUAAAUUUGGAACAUUGCAGGAUGAAAUUACUAGUUUAAAAAGAGAAAAAACCGCACUCCAAAACCAGUUAACAGAAUCUUUAUCUAAACAGCAUGAGGCCAUGAGAAGAGCUUUAAGUCUGGCAGAACGAAACAAAAAUUUGGAGGAAGAAUUGAAAGAUAUUGACAAAAUCGCCUUGUCAGUGGAAGCCGAAUGUAACACCACUGUUAAAUCUAACUUUGAAAAAGUUACAAGACUACAGGAUAAAGUCAACGAAUCCCAAAUACAAAUACAAAAUUUAGAAAUGAGCAUUUAUAAGUUAAACAUUGAAAAAACCGAACUUUUAACUGAGCUUGAUAGCGUUAAAUUAGAAAAGAAAAAAUUGCAAGCGAUAUUAGAUUCGGAAUCUGACGAAAAAAAGAGAUUGACUGAUCGUUUAAAUAAUUUUACAAUAAUAGAACAAGAUUUAAAUUUAGAAAUCGAUAGGUUACUGCGACUUUCUAGCGACCAGAAACGUAGAAUUUCAGAAUUAGAAUCUGAUUUGACAGCUGAAAAAAGACUAUUUCAAGAGACUGAAAACACUUUGAGAAAACAUCGACCCAGCUCGGACACUGCCGCCAAAACGAAAUCUAGCAGUAACAUUAAGCACAAAUCGAGUUGCAGAAAGGGUUUAAGCGCCAGAGAUGAUCCAGAAAGUAAGAUAAAAACUAAGAGAGAACAUUCUCCUCCUUCUAAGGAAAGAUCGGGUGGCAAAGGAAUAUCUUAUGAUCUGAAAAUGAAGUCGAAAUGUUGUUGCGAAGCUGGAGGGUGCAUUAAAUGGAUGAAAGAGCUUUUGGACAAAGAAAUCGAACUUAGACAAGAACAAGCUACCCAACAAAUAGACGCACUUCGUAACGAGAAGGAAUUUUAUAUGAAGGAGUAUCACAAAUUGUUAGAACGACCCAAAUCUACGCCAUCGUCAUCUGAUAAGUCAUCGAAGCAACGCGAUGAUUUGCUGAAUAGAAUCAAAGAAAAAGACCAAAUUAUCGCUACUCUUCAAGACGAUUUGAAGAAUCUUACCAAUGAAAAGUAUGCGCUGACUUCGAGAUUGGAGGCUCAAAGUAGGGAAAUGUCAACUACGGAUUUCGAUGAUAUUUGCACGAAAACGACAUGUAAAAGAAGAAAUAGAGAGUUGGAUGUGCAUAGGGAGGAGGUUAAGCAUUUAGAAAGGGAAAACAACAGUUUGAAAAGCAAAAUUCAGUCCUUGAGCGAAACGUCUCUCUUCAACGAAGAAAGAAUGAAAAAAGCUUUCCAAGAGAUGGAAGAACAUAUAACCAGACUGGAAAACGAAAGAAGAGACCUGGUUAUAUCCCAAGGCACCAACAGAUCGAAUGUAUCCCAUUUGGAAGACGAAUGUAGAAUUCUAAGAGAAAAGCUACAAAUAGCCCAAAAGGAAGCCAACACUCAGAAGGCCAACUACGAACAAUUGAAGAUAUUACACGAUCAGAUAAACAGAGCUUUGAGCGAUUGCCAAACUCAAUUGUUGAGAGCCGAAAGUGAGACUCAAAGUUUACAAUCUAAAAUCGGGAACACUCACAGGGAGGCAAGCGGUUACGAGAGAGAAGUUGCCAGGCUGCAGGGCGAUGUCGACGUAAUGAAGACCCAGUUGACCAAGAUUGAUAAGGAGAAGGAUGAACUUUUGAAUAUCGUCGACGAUAAGACCGAGAAAAUUGACAAAUUGGAAAACGAAUUGAGAGAUAAAAAGAAUAAAAUCGGCGCGUUGGAGAAGGAAAUUAAAGAUCUUUGCCGAAAAAUAAGAACAAUCUCGGAAGAAAAUUGUUCAAACGAUUCACAGUUAAGAGCAAUCAAACAAGAAAUCAAUCUACUCCAACAAGAUUUAGACAACGAGCGACGUUGCAAAGAAAUCGCCGUUCAAGAAAACAGGCGACUUCAAGACGAUAUGACGAGCCUAAGCUUAGACUGUAAGGACGCCCGAAAGGAAUUGGAAAUAUCUAAAAGACAAGUUGAAGAUCUCAAAAGACAACUCCAGCAUUAUGUAGCCGAGGUUAAGAGAACCGAGGAUCUCAUAUCUCAAAAAGAACUGGAAAGAACAGAAAUUUUGGACCAAUUCAGGAACCUCAGUCAAGAAAACAACGUCUUGGAAACCACCAAUCACACUCUGGAAAGCGAAGCGACGCAAACUAGGGUGCAACUGUCUGUAGCUUUGGAUCACACUUCUGAUUUGGAACGAAAAAUUGAUAACCUGGAAGCCAUAAUAAGGAGCUACGAAAAACAAAUCUCGGAACUGACCUGCCAAGUAGCCAGCAUGGAAAUGCAAAUGAAACAAGGUACUUCGUCGAAAGAAAGGAUUUCCGAGGAGAUCAAACAUCUGAAAGAUUUGUGCGUAAAACUCGAUAACGAAAAGGACGAAAUGAAAAGGGAAAUUAGAAAUAAAGAGGACCAAAAAAUGGCGCUGGAAAGAAAAAUGGAUUUGUUUACUAGAGAAAAUUCCGAAUUAAAGAGAGCGUUGGACAAGGACAAAGACAGCCAAGAUGGCUUGGAAAGGCUGCUGAACGAGGCUAGACAGGAUCUAGUCGAACAGAGAUUGUUAAACGAAGAUUUACAAAACGAAAUAAGCACGCUGAGAGGCAAAGUUGACGAGCUACAAGAAAGAUUUUCCCAAACGUCCUUCUUCAACGAUGAUUUGGAAUUGACAAGCACGGCUUGCAGAGAGAAAUGUGGAUUAGACGCGAUACACGAAGAACUAAUUAAAACACGAAUAGAAAGAGAAGAAGCAGUAAAAGAAUUAAGCACAAAGGAAAAUGUAGAAGAGAAAGUAGAAAAUGAAAAAGAGUAUUGUGAUGAUUUCGAAUUGAACGAACAGAAUAGCGAAGAAGAGAAAAUAGACGAUGAAAAAGAUUGUUGUUGCGAUAAUUUUGAAUUAACUGAAAAAUUAAAUGAAGAGAAGGAAAAAGACUGUUAUUGCGAUGACUUUGAAGACGACGAUUCAGAUAAAGAAAAAUACAGUGACGAUUUCGAAAUCGAUAGCCUAAAACACGAAAAUUCUCAUCAAAAUUAUGCCGAAUCAGAAAAAGAUAAAAUCGAAAACACGGACAUGAUCGUGAAUUACUGCACGUCACAAAUAACUGACGAUUCAAGUAGACGAACGUAUUCGGCUACAUCCAUAAAAUCCCAAAAUUCCGAAUCGCAGCCGAAAGAAGAACACUUGAUUAAAGACGUUAAAAAACGCUGCGACCAAAAGGUACAAAAUCUAUCUUUAAAAGAAUCUAAAGCUCUAAAAAACAAUCCCAAAUCGCGACAAAAGUCUUCGGAAUCGAAGAAAGAUCGAACAAAAGAUUCAAAAUCGAAAGUUUCUUUAGAUUCGGGUAGAGUUCCAGAAAAACCAAUGGUCAAAAACAUUUCCAAAGGUCCCGUAAAAUCGUUUGGCGUUUCUAAUUAUCCUGCGAAAAGCAAGGACGACGAGCAAGAUUCCGAAUAUCCCAAAAAAGACGACAUUAAAAAUAAAAAAGAAUUAAAUAAUGUUAAAAAAAAAUUACCAACUGGCAACAAUAAAACAGUGUCAGCUACCAGAAUACCUCUCAGUAAAAAUAAAUUUCCUCUUCGUACCUCGAUGACAAAAUCCGGCACGAACAUACACGAUCAUCAAGAAAAAGCGGAAAAGCCUGAAGAGGAAGAAUUCGACUUGAAACAAAUCAAAAACAAAUUGCCACCGAUUCCGUUGAAGAAAAAUUUUGCUGUAAAAUCAAAGUUUACUGUCAAUAAUAAUAAUAAAUCUAAGACUUCGGUGCAAUCAGAAAAAAUUGUAAAAGCCAACUCAAAAAUUGAGAAGAAGGAAACUAAGCCUCCUGAACGAAAAAUACUUCCAAAGCCGCUGAAAAAAAUUAACAGAGAUUCCGAUAAAUCUGUUAGUUUAUGCAACAUUUCCUUGGGUCCCAUUUCUGUUACAUCAGUAAAUGCUGAACAUCCUGAAUUCAGACCUGAAGUUUUAGAUCAACCGGAAACUAAUGUGGACCAUCUGGAACUCAAAAUUGAUCUUCCCACAGAAACUGUUCCAGAAAUAAUAAAGGAAAAGCCAAAAUUCUUUACGUUUGCCGCAGAAGGUAAUACUAUUGUACCCAUCAAGAAAAAGAUUAAA